CCUUAUACGGAAAUUGAGUCACAUUAAGUGACGCCGUGGUCAAUACUAUUUAAUUUCUCGAGCUAAGGUCUCAGCAAGGGAGAAAUCUGGAGAUUUACUGUUGGUUAUUUUGAAACCAAUAAUGGGAAUCUUGAUAGUCACUGCCUCUCAACGACAGGCUUGAUAUCAUAAUCUUAGGCCCUUAAACUACCUGCAUGUUUUCAGCGAAGUUUAUUCAGCUAGCUAGCGAAACUACGAUGUUUUGCUUUAGUCGGUUCCCUCAGAUAGCUAACGCUAGCUAGCUUAUAAAAAUAUCUGGACUGUGUGGUUUGUAUAGAAUUGUUUACAUUCGGUCUCAGCAGCGACAAUGGAUGACAAAUACAGCAGUAACGUUAUCUCUGGUGGGAAGCUUGGGCGCGUGGAGGUGCCAAAUGCCAGGCUGACUAGAUAUAUCGUUUUGCUGUUACUCACCAAACUGUUGAAGGCUCUAGGAAUUUUUGAAUCUUAUGACCUCCUCAAGGUGGUACAUGUUGUACAGUUUCUUUUCAUACUUAAGUUAGGGUGUGCAGUGAUUUUACUUUUUUUCCAAAAACCUUUCUCUUCAGGAAAAAUGGUUGCCAAAAGACAGUGGAUAAGAAUCCUCAAACAUGCUGUUAUCAGUAGUGUAAUCUCUCUGUUGGGGUUCUUUGGCCUUACUCUCUGUGGACCACUGAGGACAUUGCUGUUGUUUGAGCACAGCGAUUUGGUAGUCAUCUCUCUUCUGAGCGUUCUCUUCACAAACUCUGGUGGCGGACCCUCUAAGACAAGAGGUGCUGCUUUCUUCAUCAUUGCAGUGGUCUGUCUGUUGCUUUUUGAUAAUGACGACCUCAUGGCAAAGAUGGCAGAACACCCUGAGGGUCACCAUGAUAGCGCUCUCACCCAUGCCUUAUACACCGGGAUCUCAUUUUUAGGUGUAGCAGACCAUAAAGGUGGGGUGGUGCUGUUAGUUCUGGCCCUGUGUCUAAAGGUGGCCUUCCACACACACUCUAGAAAGUUGUCAGUGGAGAUUGGUGGAGCCAAGCGGCUAUAUGCUCUGUCCAACCUGGUCUCCUCUGUUGUGCUCCUGCCGUGGGUCAUCGUACUCUCUUCCACCACAGAGAGCAAGGUGGAGUCCUGGUCUAGCUUGGCGCUACCCUUUGCCCUGAUUGUCUUUUCCGUCAUGGUCCUGGACUUUUAUGUGGAGUCCAUCUGCACUGCAAAGCUGGAGGCACUGCGCUGCGCCCGCUAUGGAUCCGCCUGCCUCUUCCUCAGUGGCCUGCUGCUUGCCAACUUCUGGACGCACCCACUGACGGAUCAGCUGCGCGCCAUGAGCAAGUCCGGCCAGCAGGCCAGCACGGAGCAUGUGCUCUCUGGAGGCGUGCUGGUCAGCGCCUGCUUCUUUGUCAUGGCUGACAGCAUACUAUCCUCGCCCUCAGAGAAAGGGCAGAAAGGCACGCUGGUGGGGUACUCACCUGAGGGGAUGCCUCUGUAUAACCUGAUGGGAGAUGCGCUGCAGCACAGUUCACAGUCCCUACCUCGUUUUAUCAAAGACUCCCUCAAGCAGAUCCUGGAGGAGUAUGACUCCCGCCAGAUCUUCUACUUCCUCUGCCUUAACUUGGCCUUCACGUUUGUGGAGCUUUUCUAUGGUGUGUGGACCAACAGCCUUGGUCUGAUCUCAGAUGGCUUCCACAUGCUGUUUGACUGCUCUGCUUUGGUGCUGGGACUCUUUGCUGCCCUAAUGACCCGAUGGAAAGCAACUAGAAUAUACUCCUAUGGGUAUGGUCGUGUUGAGAUCCUCUCUGGGUUCAUUAAUGGCUUAUUCUUAAUGGUCAUAGCCUUCUUUGUAUUUGUGGAGUCAGUCUCCAGACUUAUCGACCCUCCCAACAUUAACACAGUCAUGCUAGCACCGGUAUCUGUGGGGGGACUCCUCGUGAACCUGGUGGGCAUCUGUGCCUUUAGCCACGCCCACUCACAUGGAGCUUCAAAAGGCAGUUGCUCGAGCCAUGAACAUGGCCACUCGCAUCAUGGCCAUGGGACUGGGGAGCACAGCCACACGCAUGGCCACUCCCAUGGAGGACAUAGCCACUCCCAUGGCCAUGGCCACUCCCACAGCCCAGGGGGAAGAAGCAUGAACGCUAAUAUGAGAGGAGUCUUUCUGCAUGUGUUGGCUGAUACAAUGGGCAGUGUUGGAGUCAUCAUAUCCACAGUGCUAAUCAGUCAGUUUGGCUGGCUGAUUGCAGACCCAAUAUGUUCUCUGUUCAUCGCCACCCUCAUCUUCCUCAGCGUCAUUCCCCUGCUGAAGGACGCUUGUGAAGUCCUUCUGCUGAGGACCCCACCUGAGCAAGAGAAGGACCUCAACUUUGCCCUUGAAAAGGUACAGAAAAUCGAAGGUGUUUUGUCUUACCGUGACCCACACUUCUGGAGGCAUUCUGCAAGUGUUAUUGCUGGGACCAUUCACCUACAAAUCAUGUCUGAUGUGGUCGAGCAGCGAGUUAUUCAGCAGGUGACUGCAGUCUUGAAGGAUGCUGGAGUAAAUAACUUAACAGUGCAAGUAGAAAAGGAGGCCUAUUUCCAGCAUAUGUCUGGCCUCAGUACGGGAUUUCACGAAGUCCUGGCAAUGACGCAACAGAUGGAGUCCAUGAAAUACUACAAAGAUGGCACAUGUAUCAUGUAACCAGUUAUGUAAAAAAUGUAAAUGGUUUUCCAUCAAAUUUAAAUGAUUUUAGUUGUUUUUUUGUAGUUUUUUUUUUUUUUUUUUUUUACAGUGUAAUAUGUAUUUGGUAUUGAUGGUUAAAUUGAGAGCAGUAGCCAGAGGGCAUAUCAACCUAAACUCUUUUCAACCAGUCAAGAUAAUUAAUGUGAAUUACACCAUUAAAUUAAUUGCCAGGAUUAUAAGGGACCCUCCAGAAUCACUGGGACCCUUAGAAAAGUUGAAAAUGCUGUUAAAAAAAUGUUACUUAAAAUCUAAGAGAAGGUGACUGAUUGAUUCAAAGAAAAAUCCUUGAAAUAAACUUUUUCCCUCAAAAAUGACAUAAUUGUUGAUAUCCCUGCAUUUAACAAUUUGUGCAAUCUUACUUUGUCUUCCCAUACUGGAUAUGGUGGGAGAAAAGGUAUUUAAAAUUAUUCCUCCAUAUACAGUGUAAUUGUACACAUUUUAAGAUGGUCCUUAAAUGUACAAAGACAUUAGGGAUUACAUAAAGUCUUAGCCAACUUUCCCCCUUCUGUUAUCCAUACUUGCUAUACCAAUAGAUAAACCACCCUGGAGACCAUCACAUUGCAGCUUUUUAAUUGUGGUUGUGUAGUAGGCACUCCUCUGAUGUUUCUGAAUUAAACCUACAACACCUGAAGGCUCAGCAGUGGGACUAUAAACAUCUUGAAUCCUUGGUCAAGUGGUCAAGUGCUGUGGACUAGAUUUCCUCUGGGAUUUAUCUCAGGAAACGAAUGACUCGAACUUCCAACCACUACCUCUUAUUAAAGGCUGGCUGAUGUUGAGCUCAUGGUA